CCGGCACGAAUCGCAAAGUCCGAGUCACCUCCUCAACUCGGUCUCACCCUCCUCUUCCCACUGCGAACGAAGUGAGCCCCUAAUUAACGACGACACGAGAGAGAGAGAGAGAGAGAGAGAGAGAGAGAGAGUUCCAGUAGCUUCUUCUUCGUCCUCCUCUUCUUCUUCUUCUUCUCUCUCUCUCCUCGAUGCUUCUUCUUCGGAGGCUCUUCGCCACCUCCAUUCCCCGAUCCCAACUCCACCAUCCUCUCCUCACGAGGUCGCCGAUCCCUAGCGUCGCCCUCCCCACUCGCACCCCCUUCCCCAGGGAGAGCUCCGCACCCCCUCUCAUGGCCUCCGACGCCGCGCGCACCGAGGACGCGCGCCGAGCCCCCUUCGCUCCCCUCCCCAACUCCACCACCGCCGAUAAGGUUGAACUGUACAGGAGUCUUGAAUCAGCAUUAGGUUCAAAUUUCAGUUCCGAGCCUAUAUCUCCAACUCCUCAUCCCCUGAUUAUUGUUAUCAGUGGACCGAGCGGAGUUGGCAAGGAUGCAGUUAUCAAGAGACUACGAGAAGUUCGUGAAGGAAUUCAUUUUGUUGUCACGGCUACCAGCCGAGCACAACGACCAGGUGAGGUUGAUGGAAAGGACUACUACUUUGUCACAAAAGAAGAGUUUCUCUCGAUGAUUCAAAGGAACGAGCUACUGGAGUAUGCUCUUGUUUAUGGAGAGUACAAGGGAAUCCCAAAGCAGCAGAUUCGUGACUACAUGGCGAAGGGUUUCGACAUCGUCUUGAGAGUUGACAUACAGGGUGCGGCAACCCUUCGGUCGAUCCUCGGCGACUCCGCGGUCUUCAUCUUUUUGGUCGCUGAGAGUGAGGCAGCGCUUGUUAAGCGGUUGAUUGGUCGAAAAACAGAAACAUCUGAUAUGCUUCUGGUAAGAAUCGCGACGGCCAGAGAGGAGGUUAAGCACCUCGGAAAUUUCGACUACAUAGUCGUUAAUGCGGAGGGGAAGCUCGAGAGCGCAGUUAAGCUUGUCGAGUCCAUUAUUGAUGCCGAGAAAGCUAAAAUACGGCAGCGGAAUGCCCAGAUCUAGUUAGCUAGAUCCUAGUUUCUUUUUACUUGUUAAUUGUUAAUUAUUUCAAACUCUUCGAAUUUGUAGUUCAGGUUUAGAAGCAUAACUUUUUAUCUUGUUAGAAAUUGAUCUUUUUUCUUACAGGGUAUAUUUGUCAAUAGGAUGCUCUAUUUGGGUAGGAUAUUAGGCUUAAUUACACCUUGCUAUAAUGUAUUUUUGUGUAUUCUUAUUUGCUACAUUAUACUUCUUUUUUUCAAAAAUACUAUCAAUCUUUAUGUUGUACUUUAGAUUUA